UUCACCUUCACCCUCACUGAUCAUGUGGAAACAUCUAGUAAUAAUGCUCCUCUGAAAGACAGUGAACAUCUCAGCUGGUUUCUGUGUGACCUCCUAUACAACAAGGCCAUCUCCCAAAGCUUCUUUAGACCCUCCAUCCUCCUCAGAGUAUCAGCCCCAUAUCUCGAAGCCCUUUUUAUCCAUAUCCUGCCUCCAGGAUGAGUGGGCUUUUCGGCAAACUGGACCCACGGCGGAUUCAGUGGGGGUCCACCUGGUUUGCCUUCCAGUCCCGCAUUCUGCGCACGAAACCGGUGGAGUCCAUGCUGGAGAGCUCAGGUGGCACGGGGGCUCAUGGCACCAAACUCGCCCGCGUUCUCUCCACCGUGGACCUUGUGUCUCUGGGAGUGGGAAGCUGUGUAGGCACGGGCAUGUACGUGGUUUCUGGACUGGUGGCUAAGGAAAUGGCGGGUCCUGGGGUCAUUGUGUCUUUCAUCAUCGCUGCCGUGGCCUCCAUCCUGUCAGGGGUGUGCUAUGCUGAAUUUGGUGUGCGUGUGCCUAAAACCACAGGAUCUGCCUAUACUUAUAGCUAUGUGACGGUGGGCGAAUUUGUGGCUUUUUUCAUUGGCUGGAAUCUGAUUUUGGAGUAUCUGAUUGGUACAGCAGCAGGAGCCAGUGCACUCAGCAGCAUGUUUGACUCGCUGGCCAAUCACAGCAUCAGUGGCUUCAUGAUCAAACAUGUAGGAACACUCAACGGACUGGGUAAAGGGGAACAGUCGUAUCCAGACUUCUUGGCCCUGGUCAUAGCUAUCCUGGUCACAGUAAUAGUCGCUCUGGGUGUGAAGAAUUCUGUCGGGUUCAACAACGUGCUGAAUGUCAUCAAUUUGGUGGUGUGGGUGUUCAUAAUGAUUGCAGGCCUGUUCUUCGUCAGUGUAAGCAACUGGGAUGAGGGACGAUUCCUGCCUUAUGGCUGGUCAGGGGUCAUGCAGGGUGCAGCCACUUGCUUCUAUGCUUUUAUUGGGUUCGACAUCAUAGCCACUACGGGAGAAGAAGCCAAAAGUCCCAACACAUCUAUCCCCUAUGCCAUCACUGCCUCUCUGGUCACCUGCCUCACUGCCUAUGUCUCUGUGAGUGUGAUCCUCACCCUGAUGGUCCCUUACACUGAAAUUGACACAGAUGCUCCUCUGAUGGAAAUGUUUUCUCUUCAUGGCUUCCAAACUGCCAAAUACAUAGUGGCCAUCGGCUCCAUUGCAGGACUGACAGUCAGUUUGUUGGGCUCUCUUUUCCCACUGCCGAGAGUCAUCUACGCCAUGGCAGGAGAUGGUUUGCUCUUCAGGUUCCUGGCUAAUGUGAGCACGUACACGGAGACUCCUGCAGUGGCCUGUGUGGUGUCGGGGUUCCUCUCUGCUCUCUUGGCUUUGCUCGUCAGUCUGAGGGACCUGAUCGAGAUGAUGUCCAUCGGCACUCUGCUAGCCUACACGCUCGUGUCGGUGUGUGUGCUUCUGCUGCGUUACCAGCCUGAAGGAGACAUCCACGGAUUCGUCAACUUCCUCUCCGAGCAGAACUCGAAACGUAAGGAGGGGGUGCUGGCCGAGUGCGAGAAGGAAGCCUGCUCGCCGGUCAGUGAGGGUGAUGAUUAUGGAGGAGCCGCCACGAACACCUGCGGAGCCAAGAACCUGCCGUCUCUGGGAGACAACGAGAUGCUGAUUGGUAAGCCUGACAAGUCCACCUACACUGCCAGUCACCCCAACUACGGCACCGUGGACAUGUCGUCAGGCAUUGAGUCAGAUGAGACGGACAGCGUGUACCUUCUGAAGCUGAAGAAGCUGCUGGGGCCUCGCUAUUACACCAUGCGCAUUCGGCUCGGCCUGCCGGGCAAGAUGGACCGGCCCACUGUGGUCACCGGCCGGGUCGUCACUCGCUGCGUCAUUCUGCUCUUCAUCCUCAUCUUCUGCUUCUGCUCCCUCAUCAUCUUCGGGUCAGGUCAGAUAGCUGACGGCCAGUGGUGGGCCGUGCUGCUACUGGUGCUGCUGCUUCUGGUCAUCACGCUCUUGAUCUUCAUCAUCAUUCAGCAGCCGGAGAACCCUAAGCGCCUGCCCUACAUGGCUCCCUGCGUUCCCUUUGUCCCGGCCUCUGCCAUGCUUGUAAACAUUUACCUUAUGCUCAAGCUCUCCACUAUCACAUGGAUCCGUUUUGGCGUAUGGUGCUUCGUGGGUGUUUUGAUCUAUUUCGGCUACGGCAUGUGGAACAGCACCCUAGAGAUCACGGCGCGAGAGGAGGAAGCCCAUGCUAGCACAUACCAGCGCUAUGACGUGGGCGUGGACGACAACUUUGCAGUGGAUGACGAUCUAUACCCUUCAGGAGAUGGAGGGCCAUACCAAAGCUUGGGCUCCCAUGAGGGCAGAGGUGGGCAACAGAAACAGCAGGAGCAGAGUGAGCCUCGGCUUGACGGCCAGGACAGGGUGGACAACCACAGGACCUCCUCUUCCUCCUCACACAGCAGGGCCAAAAGCAAAGCUAGCAAACCUAGUCCGGCCUUUGAGGCGCUGGUGGUCGACGAUGAUUUGGACGAUCCUUUAGAAUGAGAAUGUAAUCUGAAUGUACUCGUCUGCCGACAACUGCAGAACCCUUGGGCUAGAUUGUUAUGUCUCUCUGCAAUGAGUUUUUAUUUGACUUUUAUUCCUUCAUUUACAGCCCUUUUUUACUACUAAUUGGAUAAUGUGAACGUUUAGGAUGGGAUUUAACAUUUAGAAGGCUUUUGAGCUUUCUUUUUUAACCACCUAUAGCACCUAAAAUUCUUUUUGUUUUUAAAUUAUUUUACAGUUUUAUUUCUCAUUAUAAUCAUUUUACUGAACUCUUCAGCACUUAAAUAUGUAUAAUCUAAUGUUUCCCUUUGAAAGCAACAGUCCCUCCGACCAAAUUACACUAACUACUUUAGCACGAGAUUCAUUAUCUGGCCUGUAGUUUAUUACUGCCCUGUUAUUUAUCACAGUCCCACAGUUUUCCCUAAACAAGCUGUACAAUCUUUCAGUCCGUUCACAGAUCACUUCCGCUCUAUUAGCCUCGACACUGUCUUUAUGUGGGGUCGAUAUACUGUAAAACCAGCUGAAAAAUUCCCAUACGAAGCCCUUAAAACACUUAAAGCUAUUUGCACACUUUAGCUAUUCAGUCAGCAGCUGUUUCUUAAUUUCAUUAUCGCAUACAAAAAGGUUAGUUUGAGAAGCAAAGAUAGAUGACACGAUGAGGAAUGAUAUGAUAAAAACUUAGACCCCCACAGAAUCAAAGGCCUCAUUCUCUUCCACUCAAACAUCUAGCCCAAGUGAGGUUUGGACCGUAGGUUUUUACAAAUAGUAAUUGGACUUUGCUUGCAAUAGUGCCUUCAUCUGUCAGUGUGUGCUUUAAAUAUGGCCAUCAAGAUGUCCAUGCUUGUUUGUUUGUCAUUUCUGUUGAUGUCGACAUAUCCAUGGGUUUGUUUUCCCGCUGAAGGUGCCUGUCAGCUGUCACGUGUCACAACCGACCAUCCAUUCAUCCUAUGUGCCAGUGACUCCGCUUCAUCCUUGCAAGCAGGCCGCUCUGUGUAAAUACCCACGGUGUGACCACAGUACGAUUUGUGUCUCUCGGCUGGUCAGUGUGUCCGUUGAAAAAAAAAGGAGACGUGAUUUAGGAAAACAGAAGGGGAAUUUGCAUGUGGUGGAGAGCGUUGUGAAUUUUGAAUCUGGAUGUGCUCUUCUGCUGUUCCCUCCUCUCCCAUAAUUCACCAAUCUGUCCAGACCAACUCUAUCUGUACAGCUCUGCCAGCCGAAAAAAAAACAAAAACAAAAAACAACCAAGCCAGGCCUCAAAUCCAUACAUGCGGAAGACACUCUGAGCACAUCCUGCCAUAUUGCUUUAAAUGUGUUUUCCCUCUUGUGUUUGUGAUAAAUAUUUAGAAACAAACAAAAAAAAAAAAACUAAAGAUUGAGUUGCCAUAAAUGAUUUGCAGGCUUUGAGUCCUAUAAAGCACUACUCUAUUGAGUCAAACUAUUUCUUUUUAGAUCUCACAGCGUGUAGAGCUCAAUUUUGGGGCCUGGGUUGGUUUUGUUCCUUGCAUUUGGUCUAUGAUGUGAUUCUUGUCGCCGUGGCAUUUUGCUGAAUGUAUAGCAUGUUCAGACGUACGGGGCCCAGAGUAAAACUAUGUCUGUGAGUAUUUGCAUGUGUGGUGACCGUUGAAAGACUUGAUGUAACUCUCAAAUGUAGCAUUCUGAGAGACGAGGGUAGCAGCCUGCCCAUCGUACACCCCUCAAACGCUCCUCGUCCUGAGUGGCCUCUGUUUACAAAGCAAGCCAAAGUCUGCAUCCUUCGUUUACUGUAUCAGACAAAAUAGUAGAACACCUUAUAACAGUGUGGCGAUGUGAGAUAUCGAAGAGAAGUAUUUUUUUACAGGCAUUUCAUACCUUCAGGUUCUCUGUCAGGGUAGUGUAGCCACCGCCAGUGGUGUUUUGUGGGCUCUCUUACGGUUCAGACGAAUUUCUGAAGACAAGUGGCGAAAGCAUAUAUUUUUAAUGGCCUCUUUCUAGACUAAAAAACAUAACUGGAGACGUUUGAGUUUUGAUUUAAUAGAUUUCAUUUAAUGUUAUAACACAAGAAUAGGCUUAAGAAGAGCAAGGUUUCAUUAAAAAUGAACAUUUUGUCAUAAUCUUUAUUUAUCUCCAAACCUAUAAGAUAUAUUUUUUUUGUCCAUAGAAUGGAAGACAAUGGGGUCAAAUGAUGUUGUUUUGGACCCCAUUAAAAAAGAAAAAAAGAAAUCUUAAAAAUAUCUUCUUUUGUGUUAAGUAUAAGUCAUACAUGUUUGGAGCGACAUGAGGAUGAGUAAAUGAUGACAGAAUUUUCAUUUGUGGAUGAAACUACCCCUUUGAGUAAGAUUAGAAUCUACAUAUAGAAAUAUUUUAUUAAAAAUCUAUCUGGAAAAAAAAAUCAGAAAUCUCUGUUGCUUUUAAAGAUAGCUACUAUUUGUUAUUCGUCUCUGAGAAAAGGUACAGUGUUUGUACUUUGUGAUCUAUCUUUCCUGCUAUCAUAGUUUGUUUGGUAUUUGUUCAGGAAAUGUGGAGAUUGGCUGCCCUUGCAAAUCUGAUCUUUGUUUCUUCUGUAUAUUUUGGUAUGAAGUGGAUGUAUUCUGGUUUCAAUGAUUUUUCUAAAGAAUCUAUUUAUUGUUUCUUCUACUUGUGGUUUUGCUCUCCCGUUGCACUGUGUAAUGAGAUGUUAAUAUUGCUUCCAUGCAACAAUGAAAGUCAUUUAUUGCAGAUCAGAUAAGCGUGACUCUUGAUUUUCCUUUCGCUUUAAGGCUGUCUCACACAACCCGGAAUCAGAAGUAAUAAAACUCCUCACAUGGGUGGCUUAUGUAAGCAUUGCAUUGCAGGCCCGCUCUGUUUCCUGUGGCGUGGAGCGGUGAGCCUAGAAUAACAGCGAUCCGAGGGUCGUACCUGAGCACAAAACAAACAUGGUCAUACUGGGAUGGGCUAUGCCGCUGGCUAUGCAGAGGAAUGAGAUGAACAGAUCAGGACGUACUGUUCCAUUAUCAUUGCUGCAAUGGUGGUCGAUGUGGUACAAUAUGGUUUGGAGAUCUCAAAACAUGUUGUUAUGUUCAAUUCAUACAGAUCAGACCCUUCUGUCUGUAUGGUGCAGGCAUCGACACAACCAGAAGCACCCUCCUUUUGUGGCAGGGUCUUCAUAAGUGUUAUUCCUAUGAGGCACUCAUAGGACGUCAUUUGUGUCAUCUCUCAUCAGCCUGAAUCAAAUUUAAAUGUGAUGUCCUUAUAUUGUUUGUCGUCAUCUGUUUGGGAGGAAGCCUCCCCUUUUCCUGAUGCAAAAUAUCCUGGUGCUGAUCCUGGAUGAGAUGAUGCUGUGUGGUAAAUGGUUAUAUUUUCCUGAUAUAUUUAAAACACAUAUUUAAAAAAUAUUAUGCACUUUUAAGCUUAUGCAAUACCCAGUAGUUGCUUUAUUACUCGCACUAAUCCUUAUGCAAAAGGUGAUAUCAACUCACUGCACAAAUAAUCCGACAUUUCCUGUAAGAAGCCAUUCGGUGUUUUCAGAACAUUCUGGAAACUGCUGAUUUUUCUGGUCAGUUCAAGGUCUGUCUCAUAAUCAGUAACAAUUUGUACUAGAGUAUCAGGUAUAUACAAUGUUAUCAUUUUUAUGCUCAGUAGUAUCAGUUUUCCAAGGAAAAACCAGACAAGCUAAAAAUACCACAUUAGAAUAUGAUUACUUGAAUAAUUUUAACUAGUAAAUGAAGUUGUCAUGUUUGUUCAAAUGGAGAUACUUUCCUGAGUUAUAAAGAACAUUAAAGGGCCAUGAAACGCCUUGUUUCAGCACAAUCAGUUCUCGCCAGUUUUAAAAUUUGCUCAAAUUGGCCUUUCUAGUUCAUGAAAAUGUCACAUCCUGUUGAUGCUGACUUAAAAAUACAAAUCCGGUGUUAUGAACAAUCAGGUCCCCUCUCACAAAUGGGUUGCCACUUUUUGUAAUUGUAUCUUGUUUGCUAUCGGUUCUCUGAUUUUAGCACUACUGUGGCUGUUGAAAUAUAUAUUAAAUAUAUAAAAAGUGUAGCUUCCCAUUUUAUUAUUUGCAUGAUCUUAACAAAUGAUCAAAUAUGAUAGAUUUAUAAAGCUAGCAGGCUAACAGGCUAAAGGUAUGCUAAGCUAGAAUGCUAAGCAUUUAAAGCAAUAGACAUUUAAUUUGACAGUCUAUAGCUUUGUGAAAUCAUAAGCAACAUAAUUGUAAAUGCAAUUGCAGUCAUAUUCACACAGUUAAAGCAACAUUUCAUAAGCCAAGUGUGUUUCUUACCAGGGACUCAAUGUGGCUAAGGCGUUUCAGCCAGUGGAAUCAGGCCUACCCAUUUAUGCAGGAAGACUCAUUUGUUCAUGACACAGGAUUACUAAAAUUGGCCAAACAUUCCUAAAUGAUCUAAUUUAAUCUUUAAAUAAUUUCUAUUAUGUGCAGCAUAAUUUACAACAUAAUUAUUGUUUGUUUUUUGUUGUUUGUUUGUUUCGUGACCCUUUAAAAAGGAAACGCUAAACCUUUUUUUCUCCAGUUAUAAACAGGAAUGAAGGCUGGAUUAACAUCAUGACAUUCAACUUCCUGUUUCUUGCUAGUUCAGGUCAAUUUCUGCAUUUCUUUCUCUCCCUCUGCUUUUAGGUCAUCAUUUGCAUAUUUGGAAGAGAAAAAUACUAUAAAGACCGAUGCAAUUUUUCAAUUCAUUGAAUUUCCUUCACCCCAAACUACCUCUAACUAAAGACUGAACGGUGAAGACCUUCAAAUUCGAAGCAAUAUUUGACAUUUAAAAUGCACCCCUCAUAAAUCAUACUUCAGUGAUUAAGAAAGUGAUUUAAUUUUUUCACAUGAUGUACAAAAACAUUCACUUGUUGCUUAUAUCCUCAGUAUUCAGCCAUUUUCGACUGUAUGCCUAGAAGUGUAACAGGAAACAUUCAGUUCAAGGACCCCAACCAGAAAACAAAACCAGAGUAUAAAUCUUCCUUCAUGGCUGAUUGCGACCAUUAACCUUUAAUCUGCCCGUCAUGGUUGGCCAUCAGUCGUAAUGGGACGAGCUUCUCGUUAGACAUGGAGAAAUCGAUACACGUACAUGUCUUGGGCGCCUGAAUUGUAUGUGUGUCUCAAGUGCUUUUAGUGAGAAUGAAUGAGAGGUUUAAGGAUGAUGCACUGCACCUGCCUGGGCAUCUGACAGCAGAUUUUGUGUUUGACAAUUAGACAGUCAUGUGAAAAGCAAUUUGGUUCAUUUUACCAGCAGGGUUUUAUUUAUAAAAAUGACGCAACCUAUAAUCAAAAAACAUUUUCACAGACAUUUUCACAUGGUAAACAUUGUUUAUUACAAAAAAAACAUCAUAAAAACUGCAUACAAGUAUUACAAUAAAUAAUAUUGCUAAAUGGUAACUGCUUUGGUGCAAUUUGGCUUGGGCGGCUAUUCUGAAAUCAAUCAAAAUGAAAAGAUAGCUGUACAAA